AUGGAAGGGGUAUUCUUAAACAAUCGGAUAAAUGUGAUACCACGACCAUUAAUAAUUAAUGACUUAUCAGGAAUAUUUGUAUUAUCUAAUAGUACUAUUAUUAUUGCGACUGUUGGUUGUGAAAAUGAAUUGGCAUUGUUUAAAAAUAGUUUAAAAGGAGAUUUUGAUUUUGAAUUUUCUGAUAAAACUGAUUCUAUUUCAGUUAUUAAAUUGAUUUUGAAUGAUAAUCGAAUAAAGAAUGAAAGCUAUCAUUUGAAUGUUGAUGUUAAUAAAAUCGAAAUUAUUGGCUGGUCAACAGCUGGCAUUUUCUAUGGUUUACAAACGUUAAGACAAUUAAUUAAUAACAAGGAUAACUUAACAAUUCCCUGUGUUCAUAUUGAAGAUCAACCACGUUUUCAAUGGCGAGCAUUUAUGCUAGAUGUGGCAAGACAUUUUCAAAACAUUUCAACUAUUAAACAACUUCUUGAUGAAAUGUCUCUAUUAAAAAUGAAUCGAUUUCAUUGGCAUUUAACAGAUGAUCAAGGAUGGCGAAUAGAAAUAAAAAAAUAUCCAAAAUUAACUGAAAUUGGUUCAAAACGUUCAUGUACACAAAGUAGAUGGAAAAGUAUGAAUUAUGAUUAUACGAUACACGAAGGUUAUUAUACACAAGAAGAAAUUAAAGAAAUUAUUCAAUAUGCAAAUGAAAGACAUAUACAAAUUGUACCAGAAAUAGAAAUGCCUGGACACGCUAGUGCUGCUAUUGCAUCUUAUCCAAGUCUAGGUUGUAAUCCACAACAACAAAUUAAUGUACCAGGUGCAUUUGGUGUUCAUUAUGAAGUGUUUAAUGUAGCUAAUCCACAGACAAUAGAAUUUCUGGAAAAUGUAUUAGACGAAGUUAUUGAUUUAUUUUCAACAUCAGAUGUUAUUCAUAUUGGUGGCGAUGAAGUAAAAUAUGAUCAAUGGAAAUCAUCAGUAGAAAUUACAAAAUUUAUAUGUGAACAUAAUUUACAAUCACCAGCAGAUUUACAAAUAUGGUUUACUAAUAAAAUAUCAAAUCUUUUAAAUGGAAAACAUCGUCGUAUGAUGGGUUGGAACGAAAUAACGGGUGGCAAUAAAUUACAUCGUUAUACAAGUGAAUUAGAUAUUUUAACAAAAGAAAAAUUAGCACAAAAUACAAUUGUUCACUUUUGGAAAGGUAAUUUAG